CCUUCUCUCAGACGCACAACGCGAUGAGCAAAUCACCAAUUACCUGUCAUGUUCUCGAUACAUCGAUUGGACGGCCAGUUGAAGGAGUAGCCAUUCGGCUUCAAGAGUUUCAACCUGCUUCCGAAGAGGGAGCCGUCGAGAUCUUCAGCCCUCUAGCAGAAGGGGUGACGGACUCUGACGGUCGAUGCACCAAUCUUCUUACUCCUGGUGGCAGAGAACUUUUACGACCCGGACUUUACAAGAUCAUCUUCCGGACGAAAGAGUAUUUCGAUAAGACGGAACGUCCAUCGCUCUACCCAUGGGUCGAGAUCACCUUUGACCUCCAGAAUACCGCAGAACACUACCACAUACCGCUGCUGAUCAGUCCCUUCUCAUUCACCACAUACCGAGGAAGUUGAAUAGCCCUAAGCAAAAGCCAUUGUAUCUGUAUAGAAACAAUCUAAAUUGCAGCAACAAGACAGCGCU